AUGCUCCUCCUCGGCCUGACGGGCAGCAUCGCAACCGGCAAAUCCACCGUCUCCCAAAUCCUCCAAGCUCCGCCCUACAACCUCCCGAUCGUAGACGCCGACAAGAUCUCGCGGCAAGUCGUCGAGCCAGGAACGCAAGGAUACAAGAAGAUCGUAGAGACUUUCGGGCCUUCAACGCCAGAUCUUCUCCUUGAGCCUACAGUAGAGAAUGGCGGCGAGCGUGGACAUAAUGGCAAGGGCAGGCCGCUGAACCGCCCGGCGCUGGGUCGGAGGGUGUUUGGCGAGGGAAGAGAUGAGGAUCGCAAGGCGUUGAAUAAGAUUGUGCAUCCGGAGGUGAGGAAGGAGAUGUACAGGCAGAUGCUGUUCGCAUACCUUCGAGGCAGCUGGGCGGUGGUAUUAGAUGUUCCGUUGCUGUUCGAGUCUGGCUGGGAGCCGCUCUGCGGGACUAUACUGGUCGUUGCGGUGCAUGACCCGAAGGUGCAGAUGCAGCGGCUUAUGGCGAGAGACUCGUUCUUGACGGAGGAAGAUGCGAAGAACCGUGUUGCGGCACAAUGGGACGUGAGGGACAAAGCCGAGAGGUGUUUGAGAAGAGGCGACAAAGCCGGCGUGGUUGUUUGGAACGAUGGGGAUAAGGGCGAUUUGAAGAGGCAGAUUGAUCAGGUCAUGACAAAGGUGAAGGCGGGCAGUCCGCAGUGGUGGGCAUGGUUGCUGUUGCUCUGUCCACCGCUGGCAGCGAUGAGCGGAGGCUGGAGCUAUGUGAGGAGUUGGUGGAUCAAGAGGCAGUGGGAGCAGGAGAAGCAACGUGAGAAGGCGAAGCUAUGA